AUUAACAUAAUUAUUAUAGUUUAAUUUUUUAAUAAAAUUAAAAAAAAUUAAUUACUUGGCUACUGUAACGUACUUUAACAUUUGUUUUGUAGAUACACUAUUUAAAUACUCAUGUUUUUACUUAUAAUUCAAAUAAAGUACACAUACUAAUAAAAAUAUUGAAAAAAUAAGUAUUCACUUUGGUAUGUAUGUAUAAACAUUUUUUCGCAAUGUAUAAUUUUAAUGUUAACUUACUUUUAUUAAAAAAUAGUUGCCACAUCUAUUAGAACCGUUUGAUUAUUUUCCAAAAAUUUUAACGUCUGAUUAUUAAGUUUUCUCACAUGCAGAAAUAAGUAGAGAACGAAUGGACUGCAGAGAUACGACCCUCGAUUCUAUAUACGUUUUAAUUUGUUGUGUGUUUGCAUGAGCACUUUACCCUUUCUUCAUUUCAUUAUCAUUGUAAACAAUAACAGUACCUGAACAUACGGAAGCCCGGUCACGACAUCUGCAUAAAAACGCAUAAGCAAUUAAGCACGCACAAGAACAAGUAUAAUUUAUUUUAUACAUACUUGUUUUUGUGCGCGCUUCGCGCUUCUGCAUUUUUAUAGAUGUCGUGACCGGUUUCCGUAUGAAUACGAGGUCGCGACAAACCAAUAACCAAUCAGUAAAGAUAGACGAAUCCGAAGUAGCUCCAAUGUAGGCUCUCUUCACUGUUGCACGCACCAAUCAUCAUCAAAGCAUUGAGGAAUGAGAGAGAGAGAGAGAGAGAGAAAAAGAGGAUGGCCUGCACAUACUCACACACACACUCAACUUAUAUCAGGUAGGUACAUACCUACCACCUACGUAUAGCUAUCAUAGCUAUACAGUGGCUACCUCACUGCGACCAAAAGAACAACUGCAGUUCCUAAAUUGACAACAAUUUUAAUUGUUAUGCCAAUAACCGCAGUUAACUUAUACGUUUACAGUGCACAGUCCUUCAUUAGUCGCGUGGACUUUGAGUUGAAAGUUACUAAUUUACAUGCGGCUUGAAUACAGACAACAGGAACAACAGUGAUUGUCUUAUACCUUUUGUUUUAACUGUUUAUGAUUUCAAUUUAAUAUUUAUUGUUUAUUAAAGAACGUUGUGUCAAGACAUUUGUAAACAUGUCGUAUCAGUUAUAUAGAAAUACGACCUUAGGCAACACCCUGCAGGAAAGUCUUGACGAAUUGAUACAAUAUGGUCAAAUCACACCUACCUUAGCUGUGAAGGUCUUGUUGCAGUUUGACAAAUCAAUCAACCAGGCUUUGGCAACAAGAGUAAAGUCCAGGCUUAGUUUUAGGGCUGGCAAACUAAAUACAUAUAGAUUUUGUGAUAACGUAUGGACAUUUAUGCUUAAUGAUGUUGAGUUUAGGGAAGUUCAGGAAGUUGCUAUUGUAGAUAAGGUCAAAAUAGUUGCUUGUGAUGGAAAAACACUUGAUACAGAUGGUCAGAAGCGGUAACAUUCUCGUCGUCGUACUUUAUAUUUAUUUGGGUUGCAUCAAGGAUUUUUUUAAACAAUAGAUCAAACUAUUUAUUUAUUAGUUACAUUUCCUUUAUUUGUGAUAAAGCUGUCAAUAAAAAACUAUU